GGCUGCUGUGUGUGUAAGCGAACGGAUCUCCGAUCCGCUGUCCGGCAAGUCGCAAUCGUGCGCUGCUACUUGAAGAGGCAACUCGUUCCUCACUGACUGCGAUCUCCGACCACAGCCGCAAUGUGGAAGGUAUUAUUAACGCUGGCUUUGGCCAGUUUUUGCCUAGCUGCACCUCAAGGUCAACAAGGAGGCGCGCCCUUGGACGAUCUGAUAUCGAGCGUGUUCGAUCAGAACCCGAAGCCGAGCCCGAACCCGAACCCAAAUCCAAACCCGAUUCCGAACCCGAAUCCUCAGCAGCCAAGCCCUGGCAACAAGGACACCACCGGCAGCGCGGAUUUCGGUAACCUGGAAGCGUUGAUCAACCAGUACCAAAAUCAACAGUCGACCAGCGCACCCUCGACUUUCGUCGGCACGCAAAACAAACCUAAACCACCCCCCGAUGACUGCGAGUGCGUAUCCUACUAUCUGUGCCGGAACGGGACGGUAGUGGAGGAUGGAUUCGGGCUGAUCGAUAUCAGGUCCGAUUUCGAUGUAAACUCUGAGCAGAUGGCUUCCGGACCUUGCGUCGACUACCUGGACGUCUGCUGCAAGCCUCCGGACAAGCUGACGCCCGGUCACGAGAUCAUUCCGCCGCGCAUCGAAAGACACGGUUGCGGCCAGCGAAACCCCGAAGGCGUAGGCUUCAGGAUCACCGGUGACAGGAACAACGAGACCAAGUUCGGCGAAUUCCCGUGGAUGGUGGCUAUCAUGAAGGACGAGAUCAUCGGCGAGUCCAAGCAGAACUUGAUCGUCUAUCAGUGCGGCGGAUCUCUGAUCCACAAGCAGGCUGUUUUAACGGCUGCUCAUUGCGUCCACGGGAAAGACGCAGCCACCCUGAAGAUCCGUGCGGGCGAAUGGGACACGCAGACGAGGAACGAGAUCUUCGCACACCAGGAUCGCACCGUGCAGAAGGUGAUCGUGCACGACAAGUACUAUCCCGGAGCCCUCUACUAUGAUUUCGCGAUCUUGAUCCUGACCGAGCCGGUCGAUCUAGCGGAGAACAUCGACGUGGUGUGCCUCCCAGAGCCGAAUACCGUUUUCGACGCAUCUCGUUGCUUUGCCAGCGGUUGGGGCAAGGAUAAAUUCGGUAGGGAGGGUCACUACCAAGUAAUCCUGAAGAAAGUCGAAUUGCCGGUGGUGCCACGAAAUACGUGCCAGGAGAGUCUUCGAGAGACGAGAUUAGGAAAAUACUUCAAACUCCACGAGACCUUUAUUUGUGCCGGUGGCGAGCCUGGCAGGGAUACUUGCAAGGGUGACGGCGGCAGUCCUCUCGUGUGUCCGAGUAAGAAAGAUCCUACCAGAUACCAGCAGGCUGGCAUCGUCGCAUGGGGUAUCGGCUGCGGCGAGAAUGCUACACCCGGGGUCUAUGCUAAUGUUGCUUACGUGCGCAACUGGAUCGAUGACCAAAUGGCUUAUCACAACCUGGACAAUACUGUUUACAAUAUCUAACAUGAAAAUAGACUGACUCGUUUUAUAAGUCCGUUACACGAAUAAAUACCGUUGUACUCGAUCAAAUAGAGAACUUUGUCUUCGA